AUGGACACGGAUGAAGAGACAGAGAACCCUACUGCGCUUCAAGUGCAGUUGACUAGAACCAAUUCAAUUCGCGAAACUGUGACCCUUUUUCCGCCUAUACAAGAAGUCCUAUUUGUGACAGUAAUAUGCAUGUCUCAAUUUAUGACCCAGGUUGCGCUGGGUGCAUGCCUUUCCCCGUUGACUAUCAUCGGUGAUUCCUUCUCUAUCACCAAUCCAGUAGUUCUAAGCUGGCUCAUCGCCGGCUAUUCCCUCACAGUCGGCACUUUCAUUCUCUUCUUCGGCCGUUGUGGUGAUUUGUUUGGCUACCGUACAGUCUAUAUCCUGGGCUUUAUAUGGUUCACAGUCUGGUCAAUGGUAGCAGGCCUCAGUGUCUACUCAAACCAUGUUCUUUUCAUUUCCGCUCGUACACUGCAGGGACUAGGACCAGCGAUGUUACUUACAAAUGGACUUGCAUUGUUGGGUGCUGCAUAUCCACCAGGAAAGAAGAAACACAUGGUCUUUGCAUUAUUCAGUGCCAUGGCUCCUAAUGGAGCCUUACUUGGGGCCGUUUUCGCUGCGAUAAUUUCCCAGCUUUGCUGGUGGCCGUGGACCUUUUGGUCAAUGGCUAUAUAUUGUUUAUUACUUGCCAUUAUUGGGGUAUUUGUUAUUCCAGCAGCAUAUUCUCCCGUUCAUGGAAUGGAAAUCAUGAGAAUUGUCAAGGAACUCGAUCUCAUUGGCUCUGUACUAGGAAUAACUGGACUUGUUUUGGUCAAUCUUGCCUGGAACCAAGCCCCAGUUGUAGGCUGGGAGCAACCUUACGUCUACAUUGUCCUGAUUGUCGGCUUCCUCUUUUUAUUGGCUUUUUUCAUUGUCGAGACGAGAUUCUCGCCAAAACCUCUUAUUCCCUUCGACGCCCUUAAUGUGGAUGUAUCAUUUAUUUAUUCUUGCAUCUUCGGCAUUUGGCUUUACUACUUUUGGCAAUUUCUUGAGAACAUUCGCGCUCUGUCGCCGCUACUCAGUGUAGCCCAGUUUUCACCCGUUGCACCGGUAGGAAUAUUGGCAGCCUUCACAACCGGUGCCUUGAUGAGCAGACUCCAUCCCGGGUGGAUUAUGUCGCUUGCAAUGCUUGCAUUCACCCUUGGAAACAUACUUGCGGCAAUAGCACCUGCUGAUCAAACCUACUGGGCCCUUACCUUUGUUUCGCUUCUGGUUAUGCCCUGGGGCAUGGAUAUGUCAUUCCCUGCAGCGACUAUUAUCCUUUCUGAUGCGGUUGGCAGUAAACAUCAAGGAGUAGCAGCCUCUUUUGUCACCACUAUAGUCAACUAUAGUAUAUCGCUUGGGCUUGGAUUUGCCGGUACCGUCGAGGUUCAUGUCAACAAUGGCGGCUUAGACUCCCAGAAUACGCUGAAGGGGUAUCGCGGCGCCAAUUAUAUGGGUAUCGGUCUGGGUGGCUUGGGAGUUGCGGUCAGCUUGAUAUAUCUGGUAAAAUCAUUUGGUGGAAUGAUAACAGGCACAAAAGCAACCCAGACAGGCGAGCAAUUAGAGGUCUAG